UUCAGCCACCGCUGCACAAGUGCGCGGGUAGCAUCCCUACUGCACACUCAGUAUACGCCUGUCGCGUUCUAUCAACCUUUCCAUCACUCAAGACAAUAAUGGCGGUGGUCGCGACCGAGGCAGGACCCAGCAGUCCGCCUCCUCGCAAGCGCGCUCGCGUCGAUCAUGAAGGGCCCCAAAAGACCUCUCAGCCUCGUCUCUUCGCACCUUUCCGCGCCCUCGGGUUAAUCACAAAUGAUGUGCCAUUUGUUAUGCAAACUCGUUCUCAUAAAGGGGCGACAGAUGGUCCGAGGAUACAUCUGGUAACUUGUCUAGGGAAGUCAUGGGCUAUGUGGGAGGGAGGGAAGAUGGGGCUUCUAUUCGUCGGUCCGGACGCGCCUCAGCGAAUAUCAUGUCUCGCCAUGGAUGGUAACGAUGUGUGGGCUGCGAGUGGGCCCUAUUUGAUUAAAUACCUUCGUGGAAAUGAAGUUAGCAGGUUGACCAACCCGCUCGAGACGAACGUCGCAUCCAUACUUGUGCUAGGCUCUCAGCUCCUUGCCCUCACCGAAGAUGGUACCCGGAUGCUCGUAUGGGACACUGGUAGCGGAGAGCUACAGGCAAAUAUACAGUUCGAUUCUGACUUCACGGCUACCACCAUGCUACAUCCCUCGACCUACCUUCACAAGAUACUUGUCGGAAGCAGUCAAGGCAGCAUGCAGCUAUGGAACAUCAAAACUCAAACCAAAAUCCACACUUUUUCCCUCUCAUCUCUCACCACCAAGUCGUCAAAACAGGCCAACCAGCCUCCAGUUGCUAUCACUGCGCUCGUUCAAUCCCCCGCAAUCGACGUUGUUGGGAUAGGUUUUUCAUCUGGGGAGAUAUCUGUCUACGAUAUACGGGCUGAUGAACGGCUCAUGAAGAUGGCUAUGCAGGACGGCACCAUACGGUCGCUUUCGUUCCGUAGCGACGGACAGCCCGUCCUGGCAUCAGCGUCUACUAACGGACACGUCGCAUUGUGGGAUCUCAACUCUGGGGGACAGCUACUGCAUCUUAUGCGCGGAGCCCAUGACGGUGCAGUCAGUGCCGUAGAGUGGGUUCCUGGUCAACCUCUUCUUAUCAGUUCUGGCGAUGACAACAGCGUGAAGCAAUGGUUCUUCGAGUCACCAACAGCACCACCACGUCUGCUGAAGUUCCGUUCUGGUCAUCAUGCCCCUCCUCACCUCAUUCGAUACUACGGCGAUGAUGGGAAGCAACUACUGACAGCAUCCACGGAUCGAAGUCUGAGAUGUACCAGUGUCGUCCGAGACUCGAGGAGCUUUGAGCUGAGCCAAGGCUCUCUUGCGAAGAAAGCUACGAGCCUCUCAAUACCUCUGACGUCGCUGAAGUUCCCGCCCGUUAUCGCCCUGGCCUACUCGACGACAAGAACAAAAGACUGGGAUGGCGUUCUGUCUGCGCACGCGGACGAGACGUUUGCGCGAACAUGGUCCAUGAAAGACAAGAAGCUCGGAAAGCACGUUUUCGGGUUCGGUGACGGAGGCAAGAAGGGCGCUCCUGUUGGCGCCGUCACGGCGGUAUGCGUGUCUGUGUGCGGCAACUUCGGGGUCACGGCCUCGUCGACGGGGGCUGUUCACAUGUACAACAUGCAAUCGGGCAUUCUGCGCAAGACGUUCAGCGUCGGAGCGUGCCCACCCGAGGCGGCGAGCAGACUUCGACCAUCCUCGACAACCACGUCGAAGAAGAAAUCACACGAGCGGUGCAUAACUGGUCUGGCCGUCGAUGCGGUGAACUCAAUGGUGAUUGCUAGCACCCUAGAUGGGACUGUGAACUUCUUCGAUUUCCACACGGCAAAACUGGAGAAGACACUCGUACUAUCUUGUUCUGUGCUGUCCAUCACCUUGCACCGUGAUAGUGGCCUGCUUGCGGUCGUGUGCGAUGACCGCGUCGUCCGCCUGAUUGACAUUGAGACACGGAGAGUGGUGAGAGAGCUUCGUGGCCACCGCAGCCGUGUCCUGGAUUUGACAUUCUCGCCCGACUCGAGAUGGCUUGUCACAGCCGCUAUGGAUUCCAUCAUUCGCACCUUCGACAUCCCAACCGGACGGCUCAUCGACGCCUUCCGCACGCCGAGUGUGGCCACGAGCGUGGCGUUCUCACCGACGAACGACUUCCUUGCGACGUCACAUACAGAUAGUGUCGGUGUGUACCUGUGGGCGAAUCGCGCUCAGUACUCGGACGUGACGUUCCAGAGUGUAUCGGACGACGAGGACGUUAUGGAUGUAUCUCUACCGUCCAUGCAAGGUACCGCAGAAGAUGAGGCACUUGAAGCCUUGUCCUCUCUCACCCUCACUGGUCAAGACAGGCCCACAGACGUCUUCCUCAUGCCUCCGCAACUCGAUGGCGACUUGGUCACUUUAUCCUUGCUGCCACGAUCUCGGUGGCAAACCCUCCUCAACUUCGAGGUCAUCCAGCAGCGGAACAAGCCAAAAGAACCGCCAAAAGAACCGGAGAAGGCGCCAUUCUUCCUGCCGACACUACCUGGAGUCGAUUCAAGGUUCACUGUCCAAGAGCAGCAAAAGCAGGAGGCGGAGAAGAGCAACAAGGAGACGAAGCGGUUGCAAAAGGCUGCAGCGGCGUCGGAGAGUACAUUCCACAAGAAGCUCAGUGCCUCAGAUCCUGAUGGCGAUUAUGAGGAUUUCUUUGCGUAUGCGAAGACCCUCUCACCGGCUGCCGUGGACCUUGAGCUUCGUUCACUCGUCACUCUUGACGACUUCAGCAUGUUCCUGGCUGCUUUGACGUCUCGUCUCAAGUCGCAUCGAGACUUUGAAGCAGUCCAGACAUAUCAGAGUGUCUUCCUGCGCAUGCAUGGGGAUGUCAUUGUGGCAAACUUUGAACUGCAACAGGAAGUGGAGACACUCCAGGCGGUGCAGCGGAAGGAGUGCGAGAAGUUGCUAGAGCUGCUCGCGUCUUCGAUGGGUACUCUCGGCUUCGUCAGAGAUACUAUGUAGUGUUCUGGAGUCGGCGAGUAUGUGUCAUACGAAAUGUCGUGCUACGAUUGGCGACAAUUUUAAAUAUCCUGAGCGAAA